AUGCAUAGGGGCAAAAUUAUUACUUCUUUGUUGAGCCGUCAACUCAGAACAAAAACUAAUGCAGUUAAACAUUUAAAUAGUGGAAAGAACGGUUACACUAUCACUUUGAAUAACUAUUUGAGCUCAAAUUAUGGGUCGAAUGGCAGCAUCCCUAUUAAUAGUUUGCCAAACGAAUUGAUUAAAUCCAAUAGAAGAUUCUAUUCAACUUCUUCAGAAGGAGAUACCUAUGAGUUUAAGGCGGAGACCCAGAAGCUUUUACAGAUAGUAGCCCAUUCAUUGUACACAGACAAGGAGGUGUUCGUAAGGGAGCUGAUCAGUAACUCGAGCGACGCACUGGAAAAGCUGAGAUUCCUAGAAUCAACGAGGGAGGGUUUAUCCUCAUCCAAAGUGGACCCGGAUGUGGGCUACAAGAUAAGGAUUUCAGUGGACCCGAAGACGAAAACGUUCACAAUAGAGGAUACGGGAGUUGGAAUGAGCAAAGAGGAGAUCGUGAAUAACCUGGGAACGAUAGCGAAGUCAGGGUCUCUGGAGUUUUUGGAGGACCCGACGCUGAACGCGAAGGAUAAGGCUAACGCAAUAAUAGGGCAGUUCGGAGUGGGCUUCUACAGUUCGUUCGUCGUGUCGAACAGAGUGGAGGUGUUCACAAGAAGCUAUGACCCGGAGAAGGGAGAGAAGGGGUACCACUGGUCGUCAGACGGAACGGGCUCGUUCACACUGAAGGAAGUGGCUAACCUGCCGAGGGGAACGAAGAUCAUCUGUUACCUGAAGGACGACUGCCUGCUUUUCUGCAACGCGUCGAACGUCAAGAAGGUGGCGGAGAAGUUCUCGUCGUUCAUAAACUUCCCACUGUACAUCCAGGAGAAGGACAAGGACGUGGAGAUAACGACGCAGAAGCCACUUUGGGUGGAGAAGAAGUCGUCGGAAGAGGAGCACACGAAGUUUUUCAGAUUCCUGAGCAACACGAGUUGGGGAGAGCCGAUGUACACGCUCAACUUCCACUCGGACUCGCCGCUGUCGAUAAAGUCGCUAUUCUACAUCCCGGAAGACGCGCCGAACAGGAUGUUCCAGCCGUCAAAUGAGCUGGGAGUGUCGCUGUACUCGAGGAAGGUGCUGAUUAAAAAGAGCGCGGACGAUAUAAUACCCAAGUGGCUAUUUUUCGUCAAGGGAGUGAUAGACUGCGAAGAUAUGCCGCUGAACGUAAGCAGGGAGAAUAUGCAGGACAACCAGCUGAUAACGAAGCUGUCGAACACGGUGGUGACCAAGUUGCUGAAGUUCCUGCAACAAGAGAGUAAGAAGGACCUGGACAAGUACCUCAAGUUCUAUAACAAGUACAGUUAUUACCUGAAGGAGGGCGCGAUGGACGAAUACUAUAAGAGCGGCAAACACAAGGAGAUGUUAUUAUCGCUACUGAGAUAUGAAAACACAUUGAGCGAGGGGUUGAUGUCACUAGAUGAAUAUAUGGAAACGAUGAAGCCAGAGCAGAAGAACAUAUACUACUUCUGCACGACUAAUCGCCAGAUGGGUUUAAACAGUCCAUACAUGGAAACUUUUAAAAGUAAAAAGGUAAACGUGCUGUUGAUGUACGACGAGAUUGACCAAUUUUUAUCAAUGAACAUACAAAACUAUAAGGAUAAGAAGUUUGUGUCAAUAGACUCACCGGAAGAGGAUUUUGAGUUUGAGAAGAGCGAAGAAGAAGAGAAGGCAUCAGAAGUUGCAAAGAGUGAAGAGAAGUUGGAUGAGGAUAAGAAGAAGGAGCUGAUAGAGUUCUUCAAGGAGACUCUGGGAAGUAAAGUUAAUAGCGUUAAGUUCUCAGAUAGACUGGUGGACUCACCAGCAAUGAUAACGGGCUUCCUGUCGCCAGCACUGAGAAAAGUGAUGAAGGCGACGAUGAAGGGAAGUGGCGAAGAGUCUCUGUCAAAUCUGCCCUGCACACUGGAACUUAACCCGAGGCACAGCCUUAAUGAAAAGCUCUCGCACCUGAUAACGAAGAACCCAGAGGUGGCAAAGCUGCUUGCGAAUCAGAUGUACGAUAACGCAUCAAUAGCAGCAGGAGUGGUGGACGACCCGAGAGUAAUGCUGCCGAGGCUGAACGACCUGCUGGACGUAACGGCAGAAUUCGCAUACAACAAAGAACAGUAA